AUGAAUCAUUAUCCAAUCAGUUCAUCAUCUUCUUCUUCUUCUUCUUCAAUCCUGCCUAGUUAUAAUUAUUUAAAUUCUAUAACCAUGACAAAAUGUAAAUUACUCCCCACCAAAACCAUAUCACGAGGUAAAUUUCGUGGUAUUAAUGAUAUUAGAAGAUUUCAAUGUUUUAAAUCUCAAUGUAAUUUAAAUUUUAAUGAAUAUCAAUUAUGUAAAUAUUGUUCUAAUUUACCUUAUGUAUCACUGCCAUUAAGAACUCGACAAUUAAAUAAUCAUAAUCAUCAUCCUUUUCAAGAUCAAGACCAAGAUCAAGAUCAAAAAGAUAAUAUUAAUAAUACUAAUAGUGGUCAUCAAUAUAGAUCAAUAAAAAUUGAUUAUAUACCACCUACUAGAAAUAAUGCCAUUCUUAGAAGAAAUAGUAAUAAUAAUAAUAGUAGUAAUAAUAAUAAAUUAAUUACUUCUCAAUCAGUCAUGACAUUUGGUACUAGUACUAAUAGUGGUACUACUAAUGGUGGUGUGGGUGAUUUAACAAAUAAAUUAAAUGAAUUUUGGGAUCAUUUAGAAAUGAGUAAACUUCAAAUUAAACAACGAUUUAUGGAUAUUAAAAUUCAAAAACAUAAAUUAUCAUUUAAAAAACGAUCAUUUUCUGCACCACCACCACCACCACCACCACCUCCUCAUCCUCCUCCUCCUCAUCCUCCUGCUCAUUCUCCUGCUCCAUCAAUUAUAUUAACCAACAACAACAACAACAGUACUACUACUACUACUAAUAAUAAUAAUAAUAAUAAUGAAAAUAUUUAUUAUUCAACUAGUAGUGCUAGUGCUAGUGCUGGGAGUAGUAGUAGCAUUUUUGGUAGUAUUGGUAUUGGUAGUAGUAGUAUUGGUAGUAUUGGUAGUGGUAGUAUCUCUCGGUAA